GCUCUCCACAAUCUGAAAGAUCUCGUUCCCUUGCUUUGUCUCAAAGGUGAAGUUCCCUGGACCAGAUUCACAGCGCCGGCCAGCCUCAAAAGAGAACAUCACCUGCACAAGACAUCAGAAUGAGAGAGCUCUUUGAGGAAGUCAUAGGAGCCCUUAUGAAAAACAGAAGUGUUCAUGACCUCCAUUUCCCUAGAAACAUUCGGAUUCUGGAUGAGGAUUCAGAGAGAGAAAGAGAGAGAGAAACUGCUGCCUUUACUUUUCACAAAUACCAAGACAGCAAAAAAGAAAAAAAAGAAAUAACACGCCACAAACUUCAGGUCUUUUGCUGGAUGCACUGGCUACUCUACUGACCUCUGCAAAUGAGCACCACAGAGGUGACACUUGGCUGGGUGGGUCUCACUCCAAAGCAAUGCUGCUCUCUGCUACAGGGGACAUUCUUGCUGAGACAGAUGGACCUUGCACCAACCACUGGUUGGUUGGUGUUGAUAAGUGUAUUGAAGGUAUUUACGACAUGGUCCAGAAGGCAAAGAUCAGUGCAGGGCUGGAUCCAGACACACAGAUUCAUUCACUGGGCAUGUCACUGAGUGGUGGGGAACAGAAGGCUGCCAUUCAGAAACUGAUUGAUCAGAUGUCAGAAAGAUAUCCCAAACUAAGCCAAAGUUAUUACAUCACCACUGAUGCCAUUGGUGCCAUGGCAACAGCUACUGACCAUGGUGGCAUAGUGGUGAUAUCAGGCACUGGUUCUAACUGUAAGCUGGUGAACCCUGAUGGCACUCAGGUGGGCUGUGGGGGAUGGGGUCACAUGAUGGGGGAUGAAGGAUCAGCAUUUUGGAUCUCUCAUCUUGCUGUAAAAACUGUAUUUGAUGCUAAAGAUAACCUGGCCAAGCCUCCACAUGAUAUCACCUAUGUUAAAAAAGCCAUGGACGAGUACUUUCAGGUGUCAGAUCUGAUGGGCAUGCUUCCCCACCUGUACAGAAACUUCCAGAAAUCUCACUUUGCUGGGUUCUGUAGAAAACUUGCUGAAGGUGCCAAUGCAGGCGAUGCUCUCUGUCAGUAUGUGUUUAUUCAGGCUGGUAAAAUCCUAGCACAGCACAUUGUAGCAGUGCUGCCAAAAGCACACCAGGAGCUGUUCUCCGGUGAACUGGGCUUGCCAAUUCUGUGUGAAGGGUCUGUGUGGAAGAGCUGGGAACUGAUGAAGGAUGGUUUUACUCAGGUGCUUUCUCAGGCCCAAGCAGCUCACAGCCAUUUCCAAAAGUAUAGCCUUCUCACCCUGCGCCAUUCAUCUGCUCUGGGGGGUGCCAAGCUGGGGGCACAGAAUGUAGGGGCCAAUCUUCCUGUGGACUACUCCUCUACUGCCAAUGUGUUCUUCAGCCACUCUUUCACCAAGCAGUGACUGAUACAAAUGCAGACCAAUGAAGACUGAUGAAGCAAUCAGACUCUAUGUGGAAGUCACUGGGAGCAGUGCUUGUUGUUUCACAGUUCAGUAAAAUCUAAAACACCUUCCUUUUUUUUGGAUUUUUCAGACUUCCCCUAGACACUUCCACUUUGGAAAAUACGUCUAGUCAGAAUACAUAUGGCACUUUCAAAUUGAAAUGGCAUCUGUGAAUUUCAAAUAAAUGCCAUUUGUUGGAAAUUAAUAGGUGCCAUGUCAUGUUCAGUUACAGUUCACCAAUAUCAUUGUUGCAAAAAGGAAGCUUUCCCAUAUAUGCAGGGAAAAUAUGUAUAGAAUAUCACUGACAUUCACAGUUAAUUGAUAGUCUUGAUUUGAUUUAAUAAUAAAAAAAAAUGUAAAAAUGUGAAUGAUUGUUCAGGGUAACAGAGUAUGACUGGCUUGUCAUGUGGCUCAGGUGUGUCUGUCACUCAGAAUUGUAAAAUGCUGUAUGUUUUUGGUAUUUUUAUACAGUAUACAAACCUUCUCAUAAUAAAAUUGCGGUCACAAGACUCACAA